AUCACUGAAUUAUGUGUCACUAUGCUCAUAUCGCGUCUUCGUAAUCACACACCAGCAUUAGAUGCUCUCAUUCUUGAAAAAUUUGUCGAUGUUGCUUUAAUAUCUUCUGAUAAAAUUUUUUUGGAAAUUGUACGAAAGUUUUCUGAAAUUAGUCGCCAAAAAAUAUCAUCCGAUAACAAAAUGAUCACGACUACGAUGGACUUGGCUAAUAAAAUCAGUGCUAGACCAGAAUUUUAUGAGCUUUAUUUGUUGAAUAUUCUAUCACUAUUUGUAGACAAAGGUGUUGAUAUUCAACAGACAAUUGCCAAGAAUGGAAAAUUUCAGGUUACAUCAUUGAUAGGUGAAAUUGGAAUAUUACUUCCAGUUCUUAAAACUCUUUUGUCUCACAAUGAUUUUAAAGUGCAUGUGAACGCAUCUAAAGAAUUAGUCAGCCUUUUUCGUGACAUGUGGUUUCAUUGUGUGUUAUAUGGCUUUGUUUCUGAAGAAUCAUGGAUGCGUGAAUGGCGUGAUUGUUUAAUUAUGAUUGCUCAAAAAACACCACCACUUGUUCAGGAAAGUGCAACAAAUUAUCUUGAAAAAGAUUUAGAAUAUAAUUCAGUUUUAGUCAGAGGUAACUCUGACCAGGAACUUGCAAAUGUACGAAAUUCAUUAUCUUCUUUUCUGCCGAAUCGUGCAUAUGACAUAAAAUAUUUCUCAUUUGCGGAAGUCACAUUCUUGCUCUCGGUGUAUCAUAUAGAAAUCAUGAGAAGUCAAAUGGGUCAAUGUUCCUUUAUUUUAAGAUAUUUUAUUAAUCAAGGCGUAAAUGCUAGUAAAUUAGUUGGCUGUAUGGAAGAGAUUGGAAAUAAGGUAAUUGACGUUUUCAUCAAAGAAUGUUCAAAUAGAGCAAUCGCUCAUACUAUCAACGAAAAUUUCCGCACUCAAGUGCGUAAUCUUAUGAUUGCCACUUGCCAUCGUCUUGGAAAAGUUCAUCAACUUGCCAUUAAACAUCUCGACAGUUUGAUGACAGCAUUUCCUUCUUUGUUGUGUGAUAAGAAAUUACUAUUUCUAUUAUUGGAAUUAAUCGAAAUUGUGUGGCAAAGUUGUGAUUCUGAAUAUACAAAUGAGUAUUCGCCAACUUAUACGUUCAUUUCUGUUAAAGUUGGUGUAACACUUGAUUUGCCAGAUUCUUAUACGUAUCGGCGUGAAAUAUUAUCGCAACUAUGUGAAAAUGCUAGAAAAUGGCUUUCAUUUGUUAUGGCGCGUGCUCCUUCAGAGAUCCGUGGAUUAUUAGAAAACUAUCUUGCAGAAUAUGAUCCAUAUCAUUCAGAUAAUCCAGUACAUAUGGGAAGGUCAAUUGCGGUUGAAAUUGCAAAAGGCUUUUCUAAAAAUGAUUACAAGUCAGGAAUAUUUCCAAGAAUUCCGAAUGCUAUUGUUGAUAAUGUUUCUGAGUUCAUUAAAGAUUAUUCUUUAAGACGACAUUAUUAUGGCCAAGCAACUGGCGCGCAUCAUUGUUUGGUUUCUGACGUAGAUCAAGCAAAUAAACAUGAUAUCUCACCGGCUAAAAUAUCUGAUGAUAUAGCAGAAGUUCAAAAAAGAAAAGUUCAUGCUUCAUUGGCUCACCUUGAAAAAAGAAUACUUAAUAAUCAUAAUGUUCCUAUAAAAGAACUUAGUUCUACAUUACAUCUGGCGGCUGGCUUAUUAGUUGCAUUUUCAAAGCUUGAAGAAGACCUUGUUCAUUUCAUUGUAUGGAUUCCUGUGUAUUUAUUUUCACCUGAAUCCGUUAAAUUGGGUACUGAAGUAUGGAAUUGGAUAAUAAAUGAAAAACCUACAUUCGAGCAGAGAGUUAUGGUUGAAAUUGCAGACGGAUGGUCUUGGACUGUACGACAUCGCAAGGGCCUAUUCUCUUCUGUACUUAACAUAAAAGACCCUUUUGUGAAUAAAAUGCAGUAUGCACCAUCGGACAAAGCCACUAGGGAUAAGAAUUAUAAACUUGCUAAAGAUUUAUUUGAACCACAUUUAGUCUGGAUUCAAUUUUUAUCUGAAGGUAGAUUCCAAAUACUUAUAAUUGCAUUUAGAAUUUUACAGUCCAAUAGGAUGGAAGCAUCAAUAGAGUAUAAAUUCCGUUUAAGGCUUUAUAAGACCGCUUUCUCAUGGUGGGUUUAUGGUGGAAAUAAGAGGGGAAUGCUUAGUGAAUAUAAGCUAUUGAUUGAGGUAUAUAAGUUGGUCGAGAAUGAUAAAAUUGAAUUGAAUGAAAUUUUAGUUACCACACCCAAAAAGUAUUCUCAAUUCGCUUUAUCAAGUCCGCUAAUCACGGCUCAAGAUAAAAGCAAAGAUGAUCUUGUAAAUCAAUUUAAAAAGUCUAGAAGUCUUUUACUGCUAUUUUUGGAGAGCGAGAUAAAUAAUAUGGCAACAUGGUGUAAUCCAUUAAAUUCCCCAGACACAAUUAGAGAUACAUUUGCCCCUAACACAGAAAAGGGAUUAUCAGAGGAAGAAUGGAAAAACAUUAUACGUCAUUCAUGGACAAUAUUACCAAGUUUAACUGUACAAUUAGCAACAAGAUUUAAGCAACCAAAUGUACAAAAUGAGGUUCAUAAAAUAUUAUACAAUAAUUCAGCAGAUGCUAUACGAGUAGCCGAUGCAUUGCCCUUAUUAUUAGGCGAUAAAUUAAAUCCUAAUAUUACUUCACAAUUAAAAUAUCUACUAUAUUGGGCACCGGUUCCUCCAAUAACAGCUACAUCGUAUUUUUCGGCAACUUAUAAUAAUCAUCCCUUAAUUUUACAAUAUGCAAUGCGUGUUCUUGAAUAUCAUCCAGUAGAUGUUGUAUUUUUUUAUAUCCCACAAAUUGUACAAGCAUUACGGUUCGAUAGUCUAGGCUAUAUAGAAAGAUUUAUCUUUGGAGCUGCUAAGAUAUCACAAUUAUUUGCUCAUCAAAUAAUAUGGAAUAUGAAUGCAAAUACGUAUAGAGAUUAUAAAGAUGAUGAAUCAUCAUCAGUUCCUGAUUCAUUGAAACCAACAUUGGAUCGCAUAAUCGAAAGUAUUGUAAACUCUUUAUCAGGAGAAGACAAGAAAUUUUAUGAAAGAGAGUUUACAUUUUUCAAUGCAGUUACUUCUAUAUCAGGUAAACUAAAACCUUAUAUUAAAAGGACAAAGCCAGAAAAAAAGGCAAAAAUUGAUGAAGAAAUGGCGAAAAUAAAGGUUGAUGUGGGUGUUUAUUUGCCUAGUAAUCCAGAAGGAAAAGUAGUGGAUAUAGAUUACAAAUCUGGUCGACCUUUACAAAGUCAUGCAAAGGCUCCUUUCAUGGCUACAUUUAAAAUACGGAAAGAACGAAGUGAUACUGAUGAAGUUAAAGAAGCAUUAAUGAAUGAAUUAGCUGAUGAUGAUGAACCCAAGACAAUUGAUGUGUGGCAAUCCGCAAUUUUCAAAGUUGGUGAUGACUGUCGACAAGAUGUACUGGCCUUGCAAUUAAUUGCAAUAUUUAAGAAUAUAUUCAAUAGUGUUGGAUUGGAUUUAUAUCUUUUUCCAUACAGAGUUGUGGCAACAGCUCCAGGGUGUGGUGUCAUCGAUGUUAUCCCUAAUUCAAUUUCUCGAGAUCAAUUGGGCCGAGAAAAAGUGAAUAGCCUUUAUGAAUAUUUCCUUACAAAAUAUGGUGGUUUAGAUUCUAUCGCUUUUCAAAAAGCAAGAAAUUGUUUUAUUCAAAGUGUAGCUGCCUAUUCUGUUGUAUCGUUUUUAUUGCAAAUUAAAGAUAGGCAUAAUGGAAACAUUAUGUUAGACGAUGAAGGACACAUAAUUCAUAUUGAUUUCGGUUUUAUUCUUGAUAUUUCACCUGGUGGCAUUAAUUUUGAAAGUUCACCAUUUAAACUUACCACUGAAAUGAUUCAAGUUAUGGGGGGAAGUGCUGAAGUUCAACAAUUCAAAUGGUUUUCGGAGCUAUGCAUUAAAGCGUAUUUGGCAGUAAGACCUUAUGCAGAAAAUAUAUGCCAAUGUGUUGGUUUAAUGCUUUGUUCAGGACUUCCGUGUUUCAAAGGUGAAACGCUGAAAAGAUUACGUGAAAGGUUCCAAUUGGAUAAAACUGAACGUCGUGCGGCUGAUUAUAUGAUUGUGAAAAUACAUCAAUCAUUUGAAAAUAAAAGAACAGUAUGGUAUGAUAGUUUUCAAAAAGCUACAAAUGAGGAGCGGGAACAUACAGGGGAGCAUUCGCGGGAACAUACAGGAGAGCACUCGCGGGAACAUACAGGGGAGCAUUCGCGGGAACAUACAAGGGAGCACUCGCGUAUUACUUGCAUCACGUUACGACGUAACACACUCGCGGCUCGUCAAUACUCGUUCUUGUAUAAACGUCUUGUCCCUUCACCACGUAACAACUCCACUCUUUACUCAAUUAAGAGACACGGCGUUACUA